CGGGAAUUGGCGGGGCCUUUGUCUCUCGCCUCAGCCGGAGCUCCGGCUCUCGUCUUCAUUGCUCUGUGUCCUCUGCUCCUAGAGGUCCAGCCUCUGUGGCCCCGUUACCUGCAGGUAUUGGGAGAUCCACAGCUAAGACGCCAGGACUCCCUGGAAGCCUGGAAAUGGGACCACUGACAUUUAGGGAUGUGGCCAUAGAAUUCUCUCUGGAGGAGUGGCAAUGCCUGGACACUUCACAGCAGAAUUUGUAUAGGAAUGUGAUGUUAGAUAACUACAGAAACCUGGUCUUCCUGGGUAUUGCUGUCUCCAAGCCAGACCUGAUCAUUUGUCUGGAGCAAGGAAAAGAGCCCUGCAAUAUGAAGAGACAUGCGAUGGUAGUCAAACCCCCAGUUGUGUGUUCUCAUUUUGCCCAAGACCUUUGGCCAAAGCAGGGCUUAAAAGAUUCUUUUCAAAAAGUGAUACUGAGAAGAUAUGGAAAAUAUGGACAUGAGAAUUUACAAUUAAGAAAAGACUGUAAAAGUGUGGAUGAACAUAAGGUGCACAAAAGAGGUUAUAAUGGACUUAAGCAAUGUUUGACAACUACCCAGAGCAAAAUAUUUCCAUGUGAUAAAUAUGUUAAAGUUCUUCAUAAAUUCUCAAAUUCAAGUAGACACAAGAAAAGACAUACUGGAAAGAAACCUUUCAAAUGUAAAGAAUGUGGCAAAUCAUGUUGCAUACUUUCACAACUAACUCAGCAUAAGAAAACUGCUACUAGAGGGAAUUUCUACAAAUGUAAAACAUGUGGAAAAGCCUUUAACCAGUUCUCAAAUCUUACUAAACAUAAGAUAAUUCAUACUGAAGUGAAUCCCUACAAAUGUGAAGAAUGUGGCAAAGCCUUUAACCAGUCCUUAACUCUUACUAAACAUAAAAAAAUUCAUACUGAAGAGAAACCUUACAAAUGUGAAGAUUGUGGCAAAGUCUUUAGUGUAUUUUCAAUCCUUACUAAACAUAAGAUAAUUCAUACAGGAACAAAACCCUACAAUUGUGAAGAAUGUGGCAAAGGCUUUAGUAUAUUCUCAACCCUUACUAAACAUAAGAUAAUUCAUACUGGAGAGAAGCCCUACAAAUGCAACGAAUGUGGUAAAGCCUUUAACUGGUCCUCAACUCUUACUAAACAUAAGAGAAUUCAUACUGGAGAGAAACCCUACAAAUGCAAUGAAUGUGGUAAAGCCUUUAACCAGUCCUCAACCCUUACUAGACAUAAGAUAGUUCAUACUGGAGAGAAACCCUACAAAUGUGAAGAAUGUGGUAAGGCCUUUAAACGGUCCACAACUCUUACUAAACAUAAGAGAAUUUAUACUAAAGAGAAACCAUACAAAUGUGAAGAAUGUGGAAAAGCCUUUAGUGUAUUCUCAACCCUUACUAAACAUAAGAUAAUUCAUACUGGAGCAAAACCCUACAAAUGUGAAGAAUGUGGCAGCGCCUUUAGGGCAUUCUCAACCCUUACUGAACAUAAGAGAGUUCAUACUGGAGAGAAACCUUACAAAUGUAAUGAAUGUGGCAGAGCCUUUAACUGGUCCUCAACUCUUACUAAACAUAAGAGAAUUCAUACUGGAGAGAAACCCUACAAAUGUGAAGAAUGUGGCAAAGCUUUUAACCGGUCCUCAAACCUUACCCGACAUAAGAAAAUUCAUACUGGACAGAAACCAUACAAACCUAAAAGACGUGACAGUGCUUUUGACAACACCUCAAACUUUUCUAGACAUAAAAGAAAUCAUACUGGUGAGAACUCCUAGAAAUGUGAAGAAUGUGACAAAGCCUUUAAGUGGUUGUCACACUUGAUUGUAUAUAAGAUGAUUCAUACUGGAGAAAACUCCGAGAAGUGUGACAAAUGUGACAAAACAAUUCUCAUACCUUAUUGCACAGGAAAGCAUUUAUACUUGAGAAAAAUUGUAUAAAGAAUGAAAAAGUCAUUAAUAUCUGCUCAUAUCUUACUCAACAUCAGAAAGUUGGUACUUAUUAAAAGCGUUAUCAAUGAAA